CCUAUCACCGGAGCGCCCCCGCCGGCGGCGUCGUCCCUGGGCCAUGGCGGCCCCGGCGCGGCCCCGGCCGCGGUCCUGGUCGUUGGUCGCGGCGCUGUCGCUGUCGCUGUCGCUGCUGUCGCUGUCGCCAGUGUCGGCGGGGCCUCAGGACCCGCUGCUGGCCGUGGCGCCGCGCUGGGGCUGGCGGAACGUGUCGUGCCCCGUCUGCCGGGCGCUGUUCGGGGCGCUGGACGUGGCGCUGCAGCUGGAGCCCACGGUGUCGCGCGUGGGGCGCGUGGCGUCGCGGCUGUGCCAGGACCUGCGGCUGGCGCGCGCCGAGGUUUGCCGCGAGGCCGUGCAGCUCUUCCAGCGGGACGUGGUGUCGGCCUGGGCGCGCUCGGUGCUGCGGCCGGCCGAGGCCUGCGGGCUGCUGCUGGGGCCCCGCUGCGGCCACUGGGACAUCCUGGGCGACUGGAACGUGUCCCUCCCGGACACCCCGAAGCCGCCGGUGCGGCCGCCGGAGCCGCCGGCGCCGGGCGCUCCCAGUGCGCGCAUCCUGUUCCUCACGGACCUGCACUGGGACCGGCUCUACGCGCCCGGCAGCGCCGCCGCCUGCCCCGACCCGCUCUGCUGCCGCGGCGCCGCGCGUCCCGGGGCCCCCAGCGCCGGCUUCUGGGGGGAGUACGGGAAGUGCGACCUUCCGCUGCACACCAUCGAGCUGCUGCUGGAGCAGCUCCCCGCCGCCGCGCCCGUGGCCGCCGUCUACUGGACCGGGGACAUCCCGGCGCACGACGUGUGGCAGCAGAGCCGGCGGGACCAGCUGCGCGCCCUCAGCACCGUCACCGCGGCGCUGCGGCGGCGCCUCGGCACCGUGCCCGUGUUCCCGGCCGUGGGCAACCACGAGGCGACGCCGGUGAACGCCUUCCCCCCGCCGUACGUCCGGGGCAACCAGUCGGCAGCGUGGCUCUACGAUGCCAUGGCCCGGGAAUGGCAGCAGUGGCUGAGCCCUGACGCGCUCCAGACCCUGCGGGCCGGGGGGUUCUACACGGCCCAGGUCUGGCCGGGGCUGCGCCUGGUGUCCCUCAACAUGAACUUCUGCUCCCAGGCCAACUUCUGGCUUCUCAUCAACGCCACCGACCCCGCGGGGCAGCUCCAGUGGCUCGUGGGAGUCCUGGCAGCCGCUGAGCAUGCAGGGGACAAGGUGCACAUCAUCGGGCACAUCCCCCCGGGCCAUUGCCUGCGGAGCUGGAGCUGGAACUACUACCGCAUCGUCAGCAGGUUCGAGGGCACUAUCGCAGGGCAGUUCUUUGGCCACACACACGUGGAUGAGUUCGAGAUGUUCUACGACGACGAGACACUGACUCGGCCCGUGUCCAUUGCCUUCAUAGCCCCGAGUGUCACCACCUACAUCAACCUCAACCCCGGCUACCGCGUGUACGUGGUGGAUGGCUCCUACCCAGGCAGCUCCCACGCGGUGCUGGACCACGAGACCUUCAUCCUGAACCUGACAGAGGCUAACACACAGGGAGCCGUGCCGCACUGGCAGCUGCUGUACCGCGCACGUGAGACCUACGGGCUGCCCAGCGCCUUCCCGGCCGACUGGGACCGGCUGCUCCGGCGCUUCCAGGAUGAUGAGCAGCUCUUCCAGCGCUUCUGGUUCCUGCUGCACAAGGGCCACCCGCCACGGGCGCCGUGUGGGGCUGGCUGCAAGGCAGCGCUGCUCUGCGCCCUGCGCUCCGGCCGCUCUGAUGAUCCCGGCCUGUGCCGGCCCCUGCGCCCCACACUGCCCUUCGCACGCAUCCAGCAGCUCUGGCGGCAGCGGCGGCUCUGCUGAGCACCAGGAUGUGGGACACAGGACAUGGGGCUCUGCUGAGUGCUGGGACAUGGGGUGUGGGGUGCGGGCCAUGGGAUACAGGACACAGAACAUGGGGCUCUGCUGAGCACCGGCAUUCAGACAUGGGAUGCAGGAUGUGGGAUGCAAGACACGGGACAUGGGGCUCUGCUGAGUGCUGGGACUGGGCACCAGGGCGGCAACAUGGGACACCUCAUUGCCAUGUGCCAUCAAUAAAGGUGUGACAGACCCA